AUGCUACAAGAUAUGUUUAAUGAUUUGAAAAGCAUGAACGUGCGGCAGUUCUUGUACCAAUUAUUAAGCUUUGGUAUGAUGGUUUCUUCCGCAUUAAUGAUUUGGAAAGGAUUAAUGGUUGUUACAGGAAGUCAAAGUCCUAUUGUUGUAGUUCUUAGUGGUAGUAUGGAACCUGCUUUUCACAGAGGUGACAUUCUUUUUCUAACUAAUUUUCAAGAUGAACCUGUACGUGUAGGUGAUAUAGUCGUAUUCAAAGUUGAGGGCAGAGAUAUUCCAAUAGUUCAUAGAGUUAUUAAGCUUCACGAAAAAAAAAAUGGUACAGUAAAAUUUUUGACAAAAGGGGAUAAUAAUAAUGUCGAUGAUAGGGGACUUUAUGCUCCAGGUCAGUUAUGGUUAACUAAAAAUGAUGUCGUAGGAAGAGCGAGAGGGUUUUUACCCUAUGUGGGUAUGGUUACCAUUUAUAUGAAUGAAUAUCCAAAGUUAAAGUAUGCUGUGUUAGCAUGCCUCGGAUUUUAUGUUUUGGCUCAUCGAGAAUAA